GUCGUCGACGUUCGGUCGCACCGCCUUGGUCGACCAGAGGACGAGGCAAAGACCUUCGUAUCAGUAUGGACUCAUUUACGAGCAGUCUAUCAGCGCUGCCUCGCAGCGUCAGUGGCGAACAGAACCAGAUGGUCGCAUCAGCGCAUACAAUGGCAGUGCAAGUCGACGAGAAACGACAUCGUAUCGAUUCCGCUCAAGCAGAACUCGACAAGCUCAACUCAGCCAUUGCUGCGACGGAGCAACGGCGCCAAGAGCUCGAGCGUCAGCUGGUCUCCAAUCAGACCGGUCAAGCAUCAUGACCACACCAUCGCCUUAUGCGUCAGACAUGUUCGCGCAUCUACCCCCCCUUUGAGUCACCCUUCAUCAUCAUCAUUGUGCCAACGCCACCAGAUCUGCUGCUUUCGUCAUGACCGUUCAUCAUCCCAUCAGGAGUUGUAUGCAACAUUAAUGUAGCUUUUGCUCGACGACAAC